AGGCUGGAUGGGUCCUCCUGACCUCCAUCCCUGUCUCCUCCCCUCCAACCAUCUACCCCCAGCUCUUCAGGCAAGGUUGGGUGGCCCCUGGAAGAUCUCUUCCCUUGUCUUCUCGAAGACCUGGCUUAUCCUGCAUCUGGGAAAUGCGGGUUCCUCCGUCUCACCGUUCAGUGGAUUCAGAAUGUUGAUGUGGUCACAGCAACCUCUGCUCAAGAGCGUUUCCCAAAGUGUAUUCUGCGGAACUAGCACCUACUGUGUUCUCAACACCGUGCCACCUCUAGAAGAUGAUCAUGGGAACAGCAAUAGUAGUCAUGUAAAAAUCUUUUUACCGAAAAAGCUGCUUGAAUGUCUGCCGAAAUGUUCAAGUUUACCCAAAGAGAGGCACCGUUGGAACACUAAUGAGGAAAUCGCAGCUUAUUUAAUCACGUUUGAGAAGCACGAAGAAUGGCUCACCACAUCCCCUAAGACAAGACCGCAGAAUGGCUCCAUGAUCCUCUACAACAGGAAGAAGGUGAAGUACAGGAAAGACGGGUACUGCUGGAAGAAGAGGAAAGAUGGGAAAACGACCCGCGAGGACCACAUGAAGCUGAAGGUCCAGGGAGUGGAGUGCUUGUACGGCUGCUAUGUCCAUUCUUCCAUCAUCCCCACCUUCCACCGGAGGUGCUACUGGCUCCUUCAGAACCCCGACAUCGUCCUGGUGCACUAUCUCAACGUCCCGGCCAUCGAGGACUGCGGCAAGCCCUGCGGCCCCAUCCUCUGCUCCAUCAACACCGACAAGAAGGAGUGGGCGAAAUGGACCAAGGAGGAGCUCAUCGGGCAGCUGAAGCCCAUGUUUCACGGCAUCAAGUGGACCUGCAGCAACGGCAACAGCAGCUCGGGCUUCUCCGUGGAGCAGCUGGUGCAGCAGAUCCUCGACAGCCACCAGACCAAGCCGCAGCCGCGGACCCACAACUGCCUGUGCGCCGGCGGCUUGGGAGCGGGCAGCAGCGUGCAUCACAAGUGCAACAGUGCCAAACACCGCAUCAUCUCGCCGAAGGUGGAGCCACGGACAGGGGGCUACGGGGGCCACGCGGAGGUGCAGCACAAUGACGUGUCGGAGGGCAAGCAGGAGCACAGCCACGGCAAGGGCUCGAGCCGCGAGAAGAGGAACGGCAAGGUGGCCAAGCCCGUGCUGCUGCACCAGAGCAGCACCGAGGUCUCGUCCACCAACCAGGUGGAGGUGCCCGACACCACCCAGAGCUCCCCCGUGUCCAUCAGCAGCGGCCUCAACAGCGACCCCGACAUGGCGGACAGCCCCGUGGUCACCGGCGUGUCCAGCAUGGCGGUGGCCUCCGUGAUGGGCAGCCUGUCCCAGAGCGCCACGGUCUUCAUGUCCGAGGUCACCAACGAGGCCGUGUACACCAUGUCCCCCACCGCCGGCCCCAACCACCACCUCCUCUCGCCCGAUGCCUCGCAGGGCCUGGUCCUGGCCAUGAGCUCCGACGGCCACAAGUUCGCCUUCCCCACCCCGGGCGGCUCGGACAGCCUGUCCAUGCUGCCCUCCAACGUCUCCGAAGAGCUGGUCCUCUCCACCACCCUGGACGGCGGCCGGAAGAUUCCAGAAACCACCAUGAACUUUGACCCCGACUGUUUCCUCAACAACCCAAAGCAGGGCCAGACGUACGGGGGCGGGGGCCUGAAGGCCGAGAUGGUCAGCGCCGGCGUCCGGCACUCGCCCCCCGUGGAGAGGGCCUUCAGCUUCACCACCGUCCUCGCCAAGGAGAUCAAGACGGAGGACACCUCCUUCGAGCAGCAAAUGGCCAAAGAAGCGUACUCCUCGUCGGCCGCGGCGGCCGGCUCCCUCAGCCUGAGCGCGGGCCCCGGCCUGCUGCCGUCGGGCGGCGGCCUGAGCCCCAGCACCACCCUGGAGCAGAUGGACUUCAGCGCCAUCGACUCCAACAAGGACUACGCGUCCAGCUUCAGCCAGACGGGCCACAGCCCCCACAUCCACCAGACCCCCUCCCCCAGCUUCUUCCUGCAGGACGCCAGCAAGCCCCUCCCCCUCGAGCAGAGCGCCCACAGCAGCCUGAGCGACUCCGGGGGCACCUUCGUGAUGCCCACGGUGAAAACGGAGGCCUCCUCGCAGACCAGCUCCUGCAGCGGCCACGUGGAGACACGGAUAGAGUCCACCUCCUCCCUCCACCUCAUGCAGUUUCAGGCCAAUUUCCAGGCCAUGGGUGCGGAAGGGGAGGUCACCAUGGAGACCUCGCAGGUGGCCGAAGGGGGCGAGGGCCUGAUCAAGUCCGGGGAGCUGCAGGCCUGCGGCUCCGAGCACUACCUGCAGCCCGAGACCCCCGGGGUGAUCCGCAGCACGGGCGGCGUCCCCCUCCUCCCGGGGAACGUGGUGCAGGGACUGUACCCCGUGGCCCAGCCGGGCCUCGGCAACGCCUCCAACAUGGAGCUCAGCCUGGACCACUUUGACAUCUCCUUCAGCAACCAGUUCUCCGACCUGAUCAACGACUUCAUCUCCGUGGAGGGGGGCAGCGGCACCAUCUACGGGCACCAGCUGGUGUCGGGGGACGGCGCGGCGCUCUCGCAGUCGGAGGACGAGCUCAGCGGCGCCGAGGGCGGGGCCGGCACCAUGGCCUACAUGCACGUCGCCGAGGUGGUCUCAGCCGCCUCGGCCCAGGGCACCCUGGGGAUGCUGCAGCAGAGCGGACGGGUGUUCAUGGUGACCGACUACUCCCCGGAGUGGUCCUACCCGGAGGGAGGAGUGAAGGUUCUCAUCACAGGCCCGUGGCAAGAAGCCAGCAAUAACUACAGCUGCCUGUUCGACCAGAUCUCAGUGCCUGCGUCCCUCAUCCAGCCCGGCGUGCUGCGCUGCUACUGCCCAGCCCAUGACACUGGUCUCGUGACCCUACAAGUUGCCUUCAACAACCAGAUCAUCUCUAACUCCGUGGUGUUUGAGUACAAAGCGCGGGCCCUGCCCACACUCCCCUCCUCGCAGCAUGACUGGCUGUCACUAGACGACAACCAGUUCAGGAUGUCCAUCCUGGAGCGGCUGGAGCAGAUGGAGCGGAGGAUGGCGGAGAUGACGGGGUCCCAGCAGCACAAGCCGGGGAGCGCAGGAGGCGGCAGCGGCGGGGGCGCCAGCAGCGGGAACGGCGGAAGUCAAGCCCAGUGCGCUCCGGGCCCGGGGACGCUGGGCAGCUGCUUCGAGAGCCGCGUGGUCGUCGUGUGCGAGAAGAUGAUGAGCCGGGCCUGCUGGGCGAAGUCCAAGCACUUGAUCCACUCGAAGACGUUCCGCGGGAUGACGCUCCUGCACCUGGCGGCCGCCCAGGGCUACGCCACCCUCAUCCAGACCCUCAUCAAGUGGCGCACGAAGCACGCGGACAGCAUCGAUCUGGAGCUGGAAGUCGACCCCUUGAACGUGGACCACUUCUCCUGCACCCCCCUGAUGUGGGCGUGCGCCCUCGGGCACCUGGAGGCCGCGGUCGUGCUGUACAAGUGGGACCGGCGGGCCAUCUCCAUCCCCGACUCCCUGGGGAGGCUGCCUCUGGGGAUCGCCAGGUCGCGGGGUCACGUGAAGUUAGCCGAGUGUCUCGAGCACCUGCAGAGAGGGGAGCAGGCUCCGCUGGGACAGAGCCCCCGAAUCCACUGUCCCCCGAGCGAGGAGCCCCAUGCAGACAGCUGGAUGGCCCAGUGGCACAGCGAGGCCAUCGCCUCUCCAGAAAUCCCCAAAGGCGUCACCGUCAUUGCAAGUACCAAUCCGGAGCUGAGAAGACCUCGGUCUGAACCCUCUAAUUACUACAGCAGUGAGAGCCACAAAGAUUAUCCAGCUCCCAAAAAGCAUAAAUUGAACCCCGAGUCCUUCCAGGCGAGGCAGGAGGAGCUGCUGUCCACUGCACUGAGCCUGGAGCAGCCCAGGAUCAGGAAGCAGAGCCCUAGUUCUAAGCAGGCCGCCCCCGAGACUCUCAGCCCCAGGGAAGGCGCGAGGGCCUGCAGCCGGGCACCCUCCCCUCCCUCUCCGGAGCCGGCGGGACUCCGAGCCGCUGCGGCCCAGCCCCAGCCCGUAGUGAGGUGGAGUCCCAAAGAUCUUUCCAUUGGUGUGUCUACAGUGCAGGUGACGGGCAGUCCGAAGGGGACCAGUGUAGGAAAGGAGGCAGCACCUGCACAGGUGCGACCACGGGAGCCCAUGAGUGUCCUGAUGAUGGCUAGCAGAGAGGUGGCGCACACAGAGAUGGGGCCCUACCGGGACAGUGCGGAGGCCGAGGACGGCUCGCAGCCCAUGGAUGACAUACAGGUGAACAUGAUGACCCUGGCGGAGCACAUCAUUGAGGCCACGCCUGAGCGCAUCAAGCAGGAGAACUUCGUGCCCAUGGAGGCCCCGGCCUUGGAGAGGACGGAGGCGGCCACCAUCAGCAGCACCAUGAGCUGGCUGGCCAGUUACCUGGCGGACGUGGACCACCUGCCGCAUGCCGCCCAGCUCAGAAGCGCGUAUAGCGAGCCUCUAACCCCCUCUUCCAACACCAGCCUGAGCCCCGGGGGCUCUCCAGCCAGCGACAUGGCCUUCGAGAAGCCCAGCCUGCCCUCCGCGGCGGACUGGUCGGAGUUCCUGAGCGCGUCCACCAGCGAGAAGGUGGAGAAUGAGUUCGCCCAGCUCACUCUGUCUGACCACGAACAGCGCGAGCUCUAUGAAGCCGCCAGGCUCGUCCAGACCGCCUUCCGGAAAUACAAGGGCCGACCCUUGCGAGAACAGCAGGAAGUGGCCGCUGCCGUCAUCCAGCGCUGCUACAGGAAGUACAAACAGUACGCGCUGUACAAGAAGAUGACCCAGGCCGCCAUCCUGAUCCAGAGCAAGUUCCGCAGCUACUACGAGCAGAAGAAGUUCCAGCAGAGCCGGCGCGCGGCCGUGCUCAUCCAGAAGUUCUACCGCAGCUACCGGAGGUGCGGCCAGCGGCGGCCAGGUGGGCGCAGGUCAGGUGGGCAGAGGCUCAGGAGCAGUUUGCUAACCAAAAAGCAGGAUCAAGCUGCUCGGAAAAUAAUGCGGUUUCUACGACGCUGUCGCCACAGCCCCCUGGCGGACCAUAGGCUGUACAAAAGGAGUGAAAGAAUUGAAAAAGGCCAAGGAACUUGAAGACAUACAGCAGCAUCCCUUAGCAAUGUGACAUUGCUUUUCAGACUGUUUUCAUUUCUGUUUUUAGCAGAGACAUGCAACAACACACAAGCGCGCGCGCACACACACACACACACACACACACACACACAAUCCCUCUGCAGUUUUGGAGAGAUCAGCUGCAGGAUUUUAACAGGAAUGUUUUGUUCAUUGCAUUUGCACUUUCAUGGACAACUUUUAAUUUGAUCAGCGAGACAUCAUGGAACUCAAUCUUCUGUUGGGUCGCGGGAAAACCAGACGCCGCGAGGAAGGGAAAGAGGCUCCCCCUGGGGAAGCGGCCGCUUUCCCGCUCACAUAGGGCUGUACUCAAACAUCGCGUGGAACUGUACAAAUAUUUAUACCAAAAAUAUAGGGAAGAAGCGGUGGGGACGCGCCGGCAACACGAGAACGCUGCUCCCGCACCUGCCAGUGGCUUCCAAGAGGCUGAAUCUUCGGGAUUCGUUGUCAGUGGAGGGCUUAGAUCACCCCAAUCUUUAUUGCGUCCGUGCGUUCUCAUUUCCUUCACUGUUUCGUUUGUUCUUGUUUUAACCUCGACAGCACACUUAAUGCAACUUUUUAAAAAAAAAUCUGCAGGUUUUUAAUGUCUUGUGGAAAUUUGCAGAGGGGCGGGCGUGGCAAACGGGUAAUGCAUGGGAAACGAGGAGAAACCGCUUCCAGAGUGAAGAUUUAUUUUCUUGUCCCCGCCCCCACCCCCACCCCCCCAGGAACCUGCGAGGACUCAUCGUGUCCCUUUUCUCAUGUUCAGCACUUUAAUUUUUUUGCCUUACUUUCAUGUGCAAUGGGGGUUACUUAGAGAAUCGGUAGAGCAUGUAGCUUUCUCCAGUAACCCUGGGAAGUGUAGUCAUUCUGAGGAAUCAUAAACCUUGCCUGGACAUUUGCCACCUAAAAGAUCAGCGUGGUGCUGCGUUCUGGCCAGUAAAUUCCAUAUUUUUGGCUAUAUCUCAUCCAAACAGAGCAGUUUCUGUGUAUAUAUAUAGAAGGUAGAGAUGGAAAGUGAGAAAUAUUUGAAAGGGAUUAUAUUAAUUGCUAAAUAUUUUAUUCACAAAGGUCAAUAACAUGGCAAGAUAAAAUUAUUUGUAUAGUUUUGUCUGAAUGAGCAAGAAAAAUGUGGAUGUAUUGUUUGUAUAUAUUGUAUAUAUUAAAACAAAGAGAUAUGUGCAUGAAAUCAAGAAAAAAGAAAUGAACACAAGCAAAGCAUUAGUGGCUAUGGUCUGUAAAAUGAAACAAAAAAAAACUUUAUUUCACUAUAAGAGUACUUUAUUUUAAAUGUUCUUUAGAAGAACAUUUUGCUAAAGCAUGACUAAACUGCAAAAAAAAUAAAAAAAAGAGCUACUGUAUUUAGACUUAGGAGAAAAGGCAGAGUAACAUUACUUAAAAAAAAAGGAUAUGUUUACAUUUAAUUUUGGCUACCAGGAGUUUAUUUUAUUUUAUUUAAAAAAAAAAUUUUGCCAAUGGUGCCAAGUAAUGUGAAUGCUAAUAUUGCUUAAGAAAAUUAAGUUCCUUUUGCUAAACAGAUAAUCAUAAGAUGAAUCCGUAAACAGCUUAAUACCAUCCACUCGCUCCAACAAAGAAUACUUAGAACGACCAAACCCUGACAAAAGAAAUAGUGCAAAAGGUAGAAAAAUGUCUCACGUUUUCAUAUCUCCUGCUGGAAAU